AGCCCAUCGAAUCGUCGUAAUAAUUAAUUUCGCGAGUCUUACGCAUGCUAUUCACAUGUAAUAACAUCUUCAUCUUCACUCCGCUCUGUAAAUAAAACAAAACAAUCAUCAUCGUACGAAUACGAUACUCGUUCUCGUUCUUCAACUAGUAGAGCCUAGAGCUGCAUAACAAUCCCCGCAAACAUGAAUACAGAAUCAGUGAUGGAGUUCUUGAGUGGAGUCUCAUUGCUUCAGAGCCUUCCCAGAUCGUCCCUCCUCAAAAUUGCGCUACUCGUCACUCCUCUAUAUUUCGGGCCUGGAGAACAUGUUGUUAGGGAAGGGGAUGCUGGUCUCGGAAUCUACUUUAUAUUGGAAGGGGAAGCGGAAGUUUCUUCUGUCAGUGAUGUGGAUGAGAACCGUCCUGAGUUCAUUUUGAAACGGCAUGAUUACUUCGGUUGUGGUAUGGAAGUACCUUCUGCGCAUGCAGAUGUGAUUGCAUUGACUAAGCUAACCUGCUUAGUGUUGCCCCGUGAGCACUCCAAUUUAUUGCAAACAAGAUCAAUCUGGAAUGCAGAUCAAGCAUCUGAGGCAUGCUCCGUUGUUGAGCAAAUAUUGCACCUGGAACCUGUAGAAGCGAACAUUUUCAAGGGUAUCACCUUGCCGGAUACUCCAAAUUUCGGGAAAGUGUUUGGAGGACAGUUUAUCGGACAGGCUCUGGCUGCAGCAUCAAAAACUGUUGACUGCCUUAAAAAUGUUCAUAGCCUGCAUGCGUACUUUAUACUUAUUGGGGAUCUGGAUAUUCCAAUAAUUUAUCAAGUAGAUCGUGUACGUGAUGGAAAAAGUUUUGCUACAAGAAGAGUAGAGGCAAUACAAAAGGGAAAAGUUGUAUUCUCAUUGCUUGCGUCAUUUCAAAAAGAUGAACAGUCAUUUGAUCACCAGUUACCAACAAUGCCGACUUGUUUGCCUGAUCCAGAAACGCUUUUAUCAAUGGAAGAGCUGCGAGACAGACGCUUAACUGAUCCUCGGCUUCCCAAGACAUACCGGACGAAAGUUGCAUCGAAGGAAUUUGUACCAUGGCCAAUAGAUAUAAGGUUUUGCGAACCUAGUACCGGUACCAAUAUGACAAAAUCCCCUCCAAGAUUAAGGUUCUGGUUUAGAGCUAAAGGAAAACUAUCCGAUGACCAGGCUUUGCACAGAUGUGUAUUGGCAUAUAUAUCAGACCUAAUCUUUCUUCAAGUAAGUUUGAAUCCACAUCGUAGACAGGGAUUGAGGAUGGCAUCCAUUAGUCUAGAUCAUGCGUUAUGGUUUCACAGGCCCUGUAAAGCUGAUGACUGGAUUUUGUUUAAUAUUGAAAGCCCUACAGCUUAUAGUGGACGAGGCUUCGUUUCAGCACAAAUGUUUGAUCGGAAAGGACAGCUGGUUGCAUCAGUAUAUCAAGAGGGCGUAUUCAGGAAGAAACCAGAUCCUCCAACUGUAUCAAAGCUGUAGUCUAUGGACCUGGCAUGAGAAGGAAGCACUCAGCUUGCUUCAGAUUAAGUCUUUAAUUUUUAUCCUACCCAUUGAAAGGCUUUGCUAAUGAACUAAAAUUCGCUCAUAUAGAAUUAUCAUUUAGCCCUUGGUUGUCUAGAGGUUUGUAUGGAAGAUUCAAGAUUUGCACUCCUCAACAUUCACUUUCUUUUUCUUUAUAUAUAAAACGCUUCUUCAUUGAAGGACGUUUAAUAUAAUUCUUCAAUCCGUUA